CUGCCAGAGCAUCUUUUGGAGAUCAAAAGACAGAACUUUGUAAUUCAUUCUACCAUGGAUCCAUCUACGAUGUGUAUAAUCCAUGCUAUAUGUAUCAACACUUUUCACCUGAUUUAAGUAGGCGCUUUCUUCCUCAUUGUGAAACGAAAACGUUAUAUGGAUCUGUUUGUGAUUUAAGGACCAGUAAACUUCCUGGUUCUCCUGGGCUAAGCAAAUCUAUGCUAGAUCUUACAACUUCAUCUCAGCGAUUCAUCCAGAGACAUGACUCAUUUUCCAGUGUGCCUAGUAGUUCUUCUUCAAGAAAAAAUUCUCAGGGCAGUAACAGAAGCCUGGAUACAAUUACCCUGUCAGGAGAUGAACGAGACUUGGGGAGAUUGAAUGUGAAAUUGUUUUAUAAUUCUUCAGCAGAGCAGAUUUGGAUCACAAUUUUGCAGUGCAGAGAUAUAAGCUGGCCCUCUAGUUAUGGAGACACUCCCACAAUUUCUAUAAAAGGAAUUUUAACAUUAUCCAAACCAAUACAUUUCAAAUCUUCAGCCAAAGAAGGUUCCAAUGCUAUUGAAUUUAUGGAAACGUUUGUAUUUGCUAUCAAACUACAAAAUCUACAAGCUGUGAGACUUGCAUUUAAGAUUCAAACUCAAACUCCCAAGAAGAAAACCAUUGGAGAAUGUUCUCUUUCACUCAGAACUCUUAGUACCCAGGAAAUGGAUUACUCAUUGGAAAUAAUACCACCUUCAAAAUUUUCUGUUUGCCAAGCAGAACUUGAACUGGGGACUUGUUUUCAAGCAGUAAAUAGCAGAAUUCAGCUGCAAAUCCUCGAGGCACAAUACCUUCCAAGUUCAUCAACACCUCUGGCUUUGAGUUUUUUUGUGAAGGUAGGGAUGUUUAGCUCAGGAGAGCUGAUUUAUAAGAAGAAGACACGCUUACUGAAGGCCUCCAGUGGAAGAGUAAAAUGGGGAGAAACUAUGAUUUUUCCACUCAUACAGACUGAAAAAGAAAUUGUUUUCCUUAUUAAACUUUACAGUCGGAGCUCUGUAAGAAGAAAACAUUUUGUAGGCCAGCUCUGGAUAAGUGAAGACAGUAAUAACAUCGAAGCAGUGAACCAAUGGAAAGAGACAGUUACAAAUCCAGAAAAGGUUGUUAUCAAGUGGCACAAGUUAAAUCCAUCUUGAAAACUUCGGACAUUAAUUUAGUGAAGAGACAGCUUGAUGAUCUUUUAGAAGAAACAAAUUUCUAAACCUUGCAAUGAGUUUUACCAGGUAUACAAAGUGAAUGAAAUGUUUUAAAAUGGUGCCAAAAUAUGAUAAAAUAAAAGGGUAGUAGUAGUAGGUCAAUGUAAUGGAUUAUAAAAUCUAUAAAAAUAUGAAUCAUAGAUAGAUAUUUCUAUAUUAGUUUUGCUUUUGUUUUUAAGAUAUUCAAAUCACAUCAGUCUAGACAUCAGUCUUUUUAAAAGUACUAUUAGAUAUUUACAAGACUUUACUACUUUUCCAGUGCUAGACAUGAUUAAUUAGAUUUUGGUUAUACUGUUUAUAUCUUUAUAUGUAUUCUUCUCACAUCAAAAAUGAAUAGAAACAUCCCAUUAAUUUUUUCCUAUAUUUGAGGAAAAUUUAUAGCCUUACUUCUUUUUAUCUGUAAGCUAUUGCAUGGUCAUUUUAUAAGCUGCUUAUUUCCUGGAGAAUUAGAGAAUUAUCUAGAUUUUUUAAAGAGUAAACAAAGCUUGGAGCUAGCAGGAUUGCUUGGUGCAUAAAGGAGCUUGUUAGCACACUGACAAUUUGAGUUCCAUCCCUGUAAUGCAACAUGAUGGAAGGAAAGAACCAAUUUGUCCAUAUUGUUCACUGUCAUUAACAUGUAUGCCAUCACACACACAAAAUAAAUAAAUAAAUAACUUAAAAGAGAUUAAAUAAAGGUAAACUGAAGAUCAAAAUAUA